AUGGGUUUUCCCAAAACCCUAGCUUUUCCAGAAUCACCGCAGGAAACUACAUCGAAUGAUGUGCGAUUAAAUUUUGAUUUAAUAAAUGAUCCAAUUGUAAGGAAAACAACAAGCGUUAUAACGGAAAAGCGAUUAAACAUGGCUUGUGCACCACAAUAUGCAUCCGUAUUUCCAUCGGCACCUGGUGCUGUACAUGUAGGAGAAAAUUUGAUCGCACAGCCUGCACUAUUGCAUGUCAGAGGUUUUUGGCAAACAGGACCGACAUCGUAG